GGGGGACGGCGGAGAUAACCCGGGAAGCCCUUUUUAACAGUCAAAGCUCCCCCCAUUGGCCAACUGCUCACCAGUUUAAUCCUCACGUAAAAGCAGGUUGCUCUUCCACUUCGGCCCUUUCAUCUCUGUCUCAUUCCAUCUUUCUCAUUUUCACAUAACUUGAAAGGAUUCUCUUUGGGAAUUCCUCUUGUUUGGUUUCUUAUCAAAUCUCGCAUUUCAUCACACUCACACGCACGCACGCAAAUGUCGGAUAACAACCACGUAAACAAUAUAGAUAACAAUCACGACAGCAGUAACAGCAGCACCUCAGGUUCUGAGAAUCCAAGUAGGCCGUUGGAAAGAGCACGCUUGUGGGGGGAAAUUGAGGAUGCCGAGGGAGAUGCUCCGGUAAACACAUCUGGUCCACAUCCUUCCAGAACAUCGUUUGGCAGCGGUAUUUCCAUAGCGCCUCGCUCUCGCGUCCUUUUUCAUCCUAUUCCACGCCUUUCGGGAUUGGGCGCUCUGAGUGGUGCAAUGACGGAAGAUGGAACUGCCCGUAGCAACCCAGCUGCUAGCGCCAGAGCCCAAAGAGCCAGCCGUCGGGAAACACUGCGAAAUCUGCCACCAGAUUUUCCGCCUAUUCCGCCUGAGCUUUCCGCAGUAAACCCUCAAGAAACAGCCCCUGAUAACAUACCAACUUUCGACUUUCAUCUCCAUCUUUCGGACCAGGGCACCUCCAACAAUGAGAGCAAUCCAAACGAAAGCAGUACUACACCUACCGGUGAACCCCGCGCUUCGGACGAGACAGGGCAGGUUCCAGCGGAUCAACCCCAUACCUUUACCCUGACCUUUUACAUCUCGGGGGAAAAUGGUGGGCGGUUACCGGAUGGUCAUUCGGUGUUAUUUUGGCCACGCUCCCUACGGGAAAGACGCAAUGCAUCACGACAAGGUGGAGUCAACGAAGAGGAGGAGGAUCGGACAGGAAAUCUUCCCAUUCUAUUGUUGAGCAUGCUCCUUGAACGCUUAAACUCCAACCCACCUCAUUUGCAAGGUCAACCUCCCGCAAGCGACAUUGCAAUUUCCGGCUUACCAGUGAUAUACUUAUCCGAACGGAGACGGGAGAAACACAAGUUAUGCGCCAUCUGCCAAGAGGAUUUCAUCGCCCACACCCUUACUACGGAUCCACUCCCACCUGACGAGGAAAUUCUGCGCAUGCCCUGCCAUCAUCUCUUUCAUCGAGGCUGUAUUUCCACCUGGCUCAAGACGAGUUGUACCUGCCCGUCCUGCCGAUACGAAAUCGCGACGGAAAACGAAGACUAUAAUGCAGGCAUCCGGCAACGCAUGGCUAAACGCGACGAAGAACUGAGUAAUGAUCCUGAUACGGAUAACGAGGAUGAAAAUAAUGCUGAUGAUGAGGACUCAUCCUCGAGCAAUACUGCUGAACGCGUUAUCGCUUUGCCGCGUCGUACCGCCCGGUCAACCCGCAUUCGCCGAUCGCCAUCGCCUCUGACACGCGGCAAGAAACGACACCGAGAUGAAGAGAUUGAAGAAAGCCGAGUAGAGUCUGCCCACGAGACGGUCGGUCGUCACCCGAAGCGUCGACGUCAGGUUCAUCCCGAAACAACCACUUCCUCCUCUUCAACUACUCUACCUCCGCGUCGUAUCAGACGCCCGGCGACUCGUAGACUUCCUUGAAGAUAAAGAAUAUUUAUAUCCCACUGCCUGUGCGAUUUACGUAUUGGGGAAUGUGUGUAUAUCUACUUCGUAUACCUUUCAUAUCUCUUGUAUGCAGCAUGUAUACUUUGGCAUUCUCAUCCGCUUUUCUUUUGCAAAGAUAUCUCAUGUAUAAACUCUUGCGUUGGAAAUUUGUCAUAGAAUAGACCUUGGCUGGGGGGG